GUACUAUGGCAAAGCUGCAUCAAUCCCACGCUCAGGAAAAGCAGGUCCACGCACAUCUAAUGGAGCCACGACGAAGGGCCAAACAGAGAACGGCACCAGAGUCCACAAACAGCGCUGGAGCGGCUCCAGUCGUUGCCAUGGAAACCCACCACCGCAAUCCUUCGAUCUUCUCGAUAUCCGCGUCCAGGCCAGCCUGGUCUGUUUCCGCGAAAAUGCUUCAAUCAAACUAACACAUUUUAUUAUAGGUGGUUUUGACACAGUCAAAAUGCCUGUAGCAGUUGGUGUGGUUAUGCUGAUAACCUAUUUACUAGCUGUUUUGGCAAGUUUGGUCAAUAUCAUCUUCAUUGUUUCUGACAAGCAGUUACAUAAACCAAUGUAUCUUCUGAUUUGCAAUCUUGCUGUUGUUGACAUCUUCUAUACCUCUAGUGCCACUCCAACAAUGAUCGGGGUUCUACUUGCUGGUGUUAAUACCAUAUCAUAUGUGGAGUGUUUAAUUCAAAUGUAUGUUUACCAGGUGGGAGCAACAAUGGAGAGGUUUUCUUUAACAAUUAUGGCAUUUGAUCGGUUAAUUGCUAUAAUUUGUCCUCUUCAGUAUCAUAGUUAUUUAACAAAUACACGUACAGUAGUAUUUACAUACAUUCUGUGGAUUGUUGCCUGUAGUUUUGUGCUUUUUACACUUGUAACAGCUACACCGCUCCCUCACUGCUAUUCGAGGCUUAGGUACACUUUCUGUGACUAUGCUGCAGUUAUGCGAACCACUUGUGUUGACCCAGAG